UGUGGCUAUGGCUAUUGUUGGGAAGUGCGAGUAGUGUGUUCAUUUUCGGUUUCGAGUAUGACGAAAGUCUUUUAUUAAGUGCUAAGUAAUGAUAUAUUUGUAAAAUUGUACACAAAGAAAAAUAAAGAUGACAGACAUUUUUAAGUCCGCGCUUGGCUAUUUUUCUAACAACAUGCCACGAGAAGAUCACGAAUUUGUUGGGCAAAUAGUAGAAUUAGGAACACAGAAACUGCGUGUAAAAAGAGUCAUCGCAGAAGGUGGAUUUGGGUUUGUGUUUGUGGCACAAGAUCCUACAACUGGAAAGGAAUAUGCUCUUAAGAGACUUUUGGCAGCUGAUGAAGAAGCAAGUAAAAGUAUUUUGCAAGAAAUAUCUGUACUUAAAAAGCUCUCAGGCCACUCUAACAUCAUAAAAUUUAUGGCAGCAGCAGCUAUAGAUAAGAACCAGUCUGAUCAUGGCAAGUCUGAAUAUCUUUUAUUGACAGAACUAUGUACAGGAGGACCUCUUGUGGAUGUUUUGAAAGCUAGACAAAGUCCUUUAAUGUGUGAACAAGUUGUGCAGAUAUUUUAUCAGACAUGUCAAGCUGUUCAGCACAUGCAUAAACAGCAGCCUCCAAUCAUUCACAGAGACCUUAAGAUAGAAAAUUUACUAUUGAAUAGUAGAGGUGAAUUAAAACUUUGUGAUUUUGGAUCUGCGACGACAAAGUCCUAUCAACCCGAUAGUUCUUGGACUGCUAUACAACGUAGUCUUGUAGAAGAUGAAAUGUCAAAGCACACAACUCCAAUGUACAGACCACCAGAAAUUCUCGAUACUUAUAAUAAUUAUCCCAUCAAUCAAGCUAUGGAUAUUUGGGCCUUGGGAUGUGUAUUGUUUUUACUAGCUUUUCGAGUGCAUCCUUUCGAAGAUUCUGCAAAACUGCGCAUCAUUAAUGGAAAGUACACCAUUCCACAAAAUGAUGCAGAGUUUGAAGUGCUUCAUGACCUGAUAUAUGGAAUGUUGCAGGUCAAUCCUGUAGACAGACCUAAUAUUGACAUUGUAGUCGAACGUCUUCUAGAAAUUGCAGAAGCCAGGCAAAUAAACCUUCAAGAGACCCUAAGGCUAGGACAACCCAUAGGAGGAAGCAACCCUGCUAGUCCAGCCCAUGUUGGUCAACUUAGUGAUCGUAACAACACACCAGCUCCUCCGCCUCAUCUUAAUCAUGGUCCCUCCCAAAAUUCCAGCCAGACAGCAAGUAGUGGACUUUUUACUUCUAUACGAGGAGGUGCUGGAAACUUAUUGAAGAACUUCAUGCAAACUGUCCAACAAACUAUAACAAAGACAGAUUUGGACUUUAGCUAUAUAACUUCAAGGAUAGCAGUUAUGUCCUUCCCAGCUGAAGGAUUAGAAUCAACGUACAGAAACCACAUAGAGGAUGUGCGAGGACUUCUUGACACUAGACAUCGUAAUCAUUAUUCAGUUUACAAUGUGUCGGGUCGAACGUAUACAUCACUAAAGUUUGAAUCCAAAGUAACAGAAGUGGGCUGGCCUGCGAAAAGAGCACCAUUUUUUGCAACAUUAGUUGGGUUGUGUAGAAACAUGCACUGGUGGCUUCAACAGAAUCCUAAGAAUAUUUGUGUUGUCCAUUGUAUUGAUGGAAAAGUAUCUUCUGCUGUUCUUGUGUGUGCAUUCCUGGUGAUGUGUCAUGCAUUUCAGACUCCAGAAGAAGCACUUCAAUUGUUUGCUGUGAGAAGAUGUCCAGUGAGUCUUACAUCAUCUCAAGUAACAUAUAUAGAUUAUGUAGCCCAGUUAGUUUCAACACACCCACAAUGGCCUCAUACAAGAAGGGUAAAGCUUUUGUCCAUUGAAAUGAAACCAGUUCCUCUCUUCACAAAGUUAAGAGAUGGUUGUCGUCCUUUUGCUGAGGUUUAUCUAGGAGAAGAAAGAUUAGUAACUACAUCGCAGGAAUAUGAGAAGAUACAGCAUUUCAACAUGGCUGACCAACAUGUUGUCAUACCCUUGAAUGUGUCAGUCAUGGGAGACAUAACAGUGAUGAUUCAUCAUGCGAGGUCUACCUUUGGAGGCAAAGUACAAGGAAAGGUUACAGCUAUCAAGAUACUUCAGUUUCAACUCUUCACUGGUUUUGUUCAGCCAGAUACAGAAGUUCUGACAUUCACCAGAAAACACUUGGAUUGUGUGGAAGAACUGGAUCGUUAUCCUGAUGGGUUUACAGUAACACUUAGAGUUGAAGUUGAAAGUCAAGAACAACCUAGCCUUUCCAACAAACCUCCUCCUUGGGAGGGCUUGAACAAGCUUGACCUUUCACCCCGCAUUCUGUUUUUUACAGAGGAUGAAAUGGAAUCAUGUUUAACCCAGUUUACAAGUGUAGUAAACGAGAGUCAGCUACAUGAAACUAAUGAUACUGUUGCUACGCCACCAGAAACCUUAACAUCUGUUAGUCAGGAGAAGAAUAAUGGAUUGACACAGGAUGAAAUGAGUGACCAUACGCUUACCCCAUCCACUCCCCCUCCCAGUGGGAGGGAGGAAGAAACAUUGAAAGAUUUAAAAAGACCAUCACCUGAAGAUGUUGAUCUUCUAAACCUUGGAUCAAGUUCAUCUGUAAUAGAUACAGAUUUAGGUAUAGGAGCAUCAGAAGAGCAGAAUGGACCAUCUUUCAAUCUUUUAGACAUUUCAGUUGGAGAAAAUAAACCUCAGCUGACCAAUUUUGAUUUAUUAAACAAUCCAGAUGUUCCUUUAAUCACAACAUCUAGUUCAGGCUCUGGAUUUGAUGAUUUAUUUGAUCCAUUUAAAAGUGGAUCUGUAAAGGGUCCUCCACCGGAUACUGACCAGAGUACAACGUCUGAUCCUUUUGUUGUGUUCAAUGCAGACAGCGCAGGUGCUGCACUAAAGAAUUCAAAAGGGCCUUCUGCUGAUUUAUUUGACCCUUUCGCUAGUAACACUGAAAGAAGUAAUGAUUUCAAUAGUGGCAGUGUGGGAAGCUUGCCCUUGCAUAAACCUAGUAUUUCAACUAGUGCUUCAGCAUGUAAUCUUCGGCCCUCCGAAGGUCAGGAUGCCUCUCUUCUGGGCAGCUGGGACUCUGUUUUUACACCACCCAGUCCAGCAGUACCUACGAGUCAGCGUCCCCCAAACGUCACUAUGCCACGAAAUGCUUCUACUCCCAAUCUUGAAGCACUAAAAGAAACUACUGAUCCUUUUGCUGAUCUUGGGAAUCUUACAGCCACUUUUGGACAGGCCACACAACAAAACUUUGGCACUUGGCAGCAAUGGACCACUACAUCUAACCUCUCUACUAAUGCCAGUCCUCAACAUAUGUCACACCCCCAGUCGUAUGGAAGUAGUGGUCCCAGUGCAUUUACACAAACAGCAGGGUUGAGCUCCCAGCAGCCUAAGCCAUGUGCUGGAGCUGCUGCAUCUUCACAGAAAGUUGAUUACAGCCGCAACAACUUUGCAAGCGUGUUUGGAGAAAGGGACGAAAGGGGAGCAAAAAAGGGUUUUGGUCCAAAGCCUUUAGUUAAUGAAGAUGAGUUUGAGGACCUAUUAGGAUCACAAGGAUUUUCAGGAUUUGGCAGAAAAGAUGUUGGACCAAAGACAAUAGCUGAUAUGAGAAGAGAGGUUCUAGCUAAAGAUAUGGAUCCUGAGAAACUUAAGAUUUUAGACUGGACACAGAGAAAAGAACGGAAUAUUCGGGCUCUUCUGUGCUCACUCCACACAGUAUUAUGGGAAGGUACUCGCUGGCAGGAAGUGGGAAUGUACCAACUACUGACAACAGCAGAUGUGAAGAAGUUUUAUUAUAAAGCAUGUUUAGCAGUACAUCCAGAUAAACAAGUAGGCACAGAGAAUGAAUCACUUGCUAAACUCAUCUUUGUGGAGCUAAAUGAUGCAUGGAGUGAAUUUGAGAAGCAGCCCCAAUGAAGUUCAUUCUAGUCCAGACAGAUAGAAUAAUUGUUUUGGAACUUUU